AUGCCGGGGGAUUUGGGGGUGCUUGAGGGUGUGGGAACUCCUUUGCCGAACCCCCACAAACGCUUCCACCCCGAUGGGCUGGUUUUCAGUUUCAGACCUGGACGGAAAGGAACGAGAUAUCAGGGAUUGCGCCCAACUUUAGCGGGGAUCCUUUUUUCCCAGGGGGAGACUCAGCAAGCGUCGGACAAAGAGCUAAGCACCUUCUCAUCCCAUGAACUGAUUCUCCCCGCCCCGCUGCACUGGCAUUACAAGGCAAACACGGGUGCCCACCCAACUUGGUUUGGCACCCAAAGCCGCUCCCCUGGAAAAGUGGGCGCUCGCCAUGUUGUUUCCACAGUAAGGCCCCUGGAAAACUCACACUGGCAUUAG